UUCAAUAAUGUCUAAACAACCUGAAAAGGAUCAGAAAGUUGAAAUAUCGGAGGAUGUUUUUGGACACAAACUUGAUUAUUGCAUGGCUGAUUCCGCGUUAAAAAUUGCAAGUGGUGCAGCAAUUGGGACAAUCGUAUCGUUGGUUUUUUCGCGAGCUAAGAAGACAUGGCCAAUUUGGCUUGGAACUGGGAUUGGUAUUGGCAUGGGGUGGAGUAAUUGUAAGCAUGAAAUGCAAAACCAAAGCUGGAAAUGCACCAUUACUAGGGAUUUGGACACUAAAACAAUUAAGCAUGAAUGCAAAGGUUCAUCAACAGGGUCGUUAGGAUCGUUUGGAUACUCUACAUUCUCUGGUGAAACAUCUAGUGAAACGAAGAAAUAA